AUGCAAAUAAUAAUCCGUAGUGAAAUGUCUAGCCUUAAAAACAUUUUCAAGGAAUUAAUUCGUGAAGAAAUAAAUAAUGUAUAUGGGGGCUUGAAAAAUGAGAUAAUAGAGAUUAAGAAUUCCUUAAAUCAAUUUAAAGAAAUUUGUCAUCUCUUUAGUAACAAUAAUAAUGAUCAGUCUGCAGAUAUCUCCAACCAAAACAACAAUAGAACUUCUAUCAGGAAAAAUGUUGAACGCAUAUUGAUAACACCUAUUAAUAACCAGGAGAGCAAUGUUACACUCCAACAAAUUACAGAUAACAUUAAUGUUAUUGAGUUAGGUGUUGGUGUAAAUAGUGUAAGAAAAAAUCAGGGAGGCAAAGUAACAUUAGAAGUUGAAAAUGAGGCGGACAAAAUUUCUAUUUUGAACGAAAUUAAAAGGUUGUCAAUAGUUAUGUUAAAUAUAUGCGGACUGAUAUACCACAAGGACGAGCUAAAUAGUUGGAUAAAUAUUACAAAACCAGACUUAAUAUGUUUAACUGAAACACAUAUCUCAGAAGAUGUUCUGGAUUGUGAAUUAAAUAUAGACAAUUACAACUUUAGUCGAACAAACACCUUAAACAAACGAACUGGUGGAGUAAUUACAUAUAUUAAGAAGAGUAUCAGCUUUAUAACAUUAGUGACUAGUGAUGAGUUAAUUCAAGGAACCUGGAUCAAUGUAGUGCAAUUGAAAGGAAAAAGUCAGCUCACAGUAUGCAAUCUAUACAGAUCACCUAACAGUUCUAUCAAUUAUUUCUGUGAUAAAUUUAUUAAUUUUAUUGAGAACUUUGUAGAUACAGAUAAAAUAAUCAUACUCGGAGACUUCAAUGUAGAUAUAAGUAAAAAUACACAUUACUCGACUAAAUUAUUAAAUGAAUGUGCCUUUCUAGGAUUUAAACAGAAAAUAGAGAAACCUACUCGAACAACGUUCACUUCUGAUACCAGAAUUGAUCUAGUGUUUACUAAUUUUCAUUUGGACACAUCCGUAUUAUUAACACCGAGAAUAUCGGACCAUAAUAUUGUCAUUUUAAAUGUUCGAAAAAUUAAUAACCCAAAUGAAGAUUUAGUUUAUUAUACUAGAAAUAAGAAAAAAAAUUUAGACUACGAUUUGUUUUUGUCAAAAUUAGAUGAUAAAGUGAAUAAUAUCAUCUAUAAAAAUGAUCUAAAUAAUACUUUUGAUUUUAUUGAAUUUAAUGCUGCGGUUAAUACGAUUUUAGAUGAUAUGAUGUUAAUUCUUGAUGAAAUGGCACCAAAAAUUAGAAAAGUAAUAAAAGCAAAAUGGAAUAAUAAAUCCUGGGUAACAAUGGAACUUAUUGAUAAAAUGAAAGUCAGAGAUAAAGCUUUUGUUGAAUGUAAAAAGAGUAAAGAGUCAUACGAUAUAGCAAAGUAUAAAAAAUUAAGAAAUAACAUCAUAGUAGAACUUAGAAAUAACAAGAGAAAGUAUUAUGAAGAUCAUAUUGAUAAGAAUAGAUCAGAUUCUAGAAAAUUGUGGAUGUAUCUGAAAGAAGUGUUAUCAAGAGACUACUAUGACAGAAGCAGGUCCUCGAGUUAUUCAGAAUCGCGAAGUCGAUCAAGAGAUAGUUUUUUGCGUGGGAAAUCAAGGGACUAUUAUUCAUGUGCACGAUCACGAGAUCAUCAUGUACGUAGAAGACCACGUAAUCGUCAUUCACGAGUAAGAUCACGAGAUCGUUUUUCGCGCGCACUAGAUCAAGAGAUCGUAGUACGCGUACUUAUUCAAGAGAAAAAGAAAUACGAGAAUAUUCAAGCUCUCGCAGCCGAUCUAGGAGUAAACAAUCGUCUUAUCAUUCAAGAGAACGAGAAUAGCCAGACGGUCGUGGCAGCUCAGUUAACACAACUGGAUGAGUCAAUUUUGAAAGAAAUUGGAAAACGUUUAGAUCCAGACAACGCAACAGGACCACCAAUUGAACAAGAGAUUGCGUUGCGCUGGACAGAAAUUCUGGAGAAAGGCUUGCCCAAAGAAGAAAAACUGGAACUUUUGAAAAAAUUUUCUACUCCGGAGAAUUCUAUCACGUCUUCAAUUUCAGAAGAAGAAGUUGAUAAAUUAGUGGUAUUAGAGUUAGUGAGUGACGUUUGUAGAGUACUCUCGGAGGUUCAAAGAGAGGAAUCUCUUACGAGAAAAGCUUUGGUCCACACAAACUUGAACUCUAGUUUGAGAGAAACGUUGAACGCAACGACGAUUGGAGAAAUGUUGUUCGGAAAAGAACUUGAAAGUCAAAUAAAAAUCGCUAAGACAUUGGAGCGUACAAGCAAAAAACUGAAAAGUUCAGACAAACCCUCGAAACAGCAAAAAACGGCCAGCGCCCGUUCCGUUUGA